AUGGACCUUCAUGGGCUGGAAGCUUUCCUGGAAGAGGACAAUGCCAAACUGAGAUCUGGACUGUACCAUGAACACACGCAGUGUGUGCAGGUUCUCUCCAGGCAGAACUGUGCCGUUGAACUUUGUCCACACUGCAGGCUCAGGUGUUCACCUUGUCAGCUGUCACAUGCUGCGCCUGGGUCUGUGCCAUUCCCUUGGGCUGUAUCUGCUGCUCACCUCAGCUCCCUGUUCGUCUCUGAGUAUUUCUCACAGAGUGCACAGAGGCUGUCCUUCUACAGCUGGUAUGGGAACGCCAAGGUCUUCCACUUCCACGUGCCAGAAGAUACCGUGCUGCUUCGCUGGCUCCUGCAGGCAUCCAGGGGGAAAGAACCUGAGUGCACCAGCAUGGAGGUCACAGUGCACUUUCGCUAUGGAGCCCCUCCUGUAAUUAAUCCACUGGGCACUCAUUUUCCUGCAAACGCAACCGUCCGUCCCUCCUAUAACAUCAGUAUCACUCUGAGCAGCACUGUGCAAAACACCACCUUUGUGAACAUCACUACCCCUGCUGCAGGGGACUGGUUCAUUGCUGCACAUCUCCCUGAGGCCGCUGGCAGAAUUGAAGUGAAGGGUUUCUCCACUCCAUGCACCUAUAUGUUUCAGGCAGAUAUGUUUGUGCUUAGACUCACUGAUAUGCCUGUUCUGGAGCCUGGUGUUGCCAUGCCACAAACCAUCGUCUCACCUGCUAAGCCACUGCAUGUCAAGGUUUUUGUUCCCAAGUACACUGCCAGAAUGUGGUUUGAGCUUCGAAGCUGCAUGACAAGUGAACGGAAAGCAUGCGCUGUGCGGGUAGUGCUGGGCUCAAUCACACUGCCACAGUCCUUCCAGAGGAUCAUCACUUGCACAGGGAAUGUGAACUGCAGCGUAAGCCUGGAUUCACUCCCUUGGGAGAAGUGGUUGCAGAUCAUGGUGGAAAGUCUUGGUACUGCCAAUGCCAGUGUAUCGUUGGAGAUGCUGGCUUCUUUCACAGCAGAUUGUAGACCGGGAAGUACCAGUUCAUUCCUUAACUUCAGCAGCCUAAACCAGAGCCAGGCUGGUUCUGGACCAGGGAGUCCCACUCCAUCUACAGGAAUGGCUUUGCGCAACACUUCUGACCAGAGGAGCUUCUGCCUCCAGAGUCAGCCUGUUGUUCGUGAGGACCUGGAUGUGGUGUCUGUGCGGUACAGGCUCUUGAAUGGUCCCAGCGUAGCUGUGUACUCCAUCUCCCCAACCCUCCUCCUUCUCAACUUGAACAGUGGCAUGGAUAGCGGGGGUUCCCUUGUGAUGAAUCUCCUGCUUAACAAGACGUCGCUGAGCCAGGCCAAUGCCACUGUGGUUGCAUGUGUGAGUGCUGCUUCGCCGGUGCUGUCUCUCAAUACCACGCAGAACUGCAGCACAGCUUUCUUCCAGGGCUACCCUCUGAGUCUGAGCACGUCCUCUGCGGAAGCAAUGCUGAUUGUCCUGUACCCACAGACAGAUGACUGGUUCCUUUCCUUACAGCUCAUGUGCCCGAAGGGCCAGAGUGAAUGUAACACCGCAGAAGCCAAAGUGACUGUCAUAGCAUACCUCACCCCCUGCUUCAAUGACUGUGGGCCAUAUGGACAGUGCAGCCUCCUGAGAAGACACGGCUACCUCUAUGCUGGCUGCAGCUGUAAAGCUGGUUGGAGCGGGUGGAGCUGCACAGACGAUACCAAGGCCCAGUCUGUUGGUGCACAGAACCUGGCCACCCUCCUGCUCACGCUGAGUAACCUCAUGUUCCUGCCGGCAAUAGCGGUUGCUGUUUAUCGGUACUAUCUGGUGGAGGCCUCUGUCUACACCUACACCAUGUUCUUCUCCACGUUCUACCAUGCAUGUGACCAGCCAGGCAUCGCAGUGAUGUGCAUUAUGGACUACGACACACUACAGUAUUGUGACUUCUUGGGCUCUGUGGUGUCCAUUUGGGUGACGAUUUUGUGCAUGUCCCGGGUGAAGAAAAUUCUGAAAUACGUUCUUUUUGUCCUGGGGUCACUGCUAAUCGCCAUGUCCCUGCAGCUGGAUCGCAGAGGGGUGUGGAACAUGAUGGGUCCCUGCCUGUUUGCCCUCAUCAUCAUGAUCUCAGCAUGGGUUUACCACGGAGUGAAGCGCAGACACUGCUACCCCUCCUCGUGGAAGCGAUGGGUUUUCUACCUCCUCCCAGGGAUCACCUUGGCUUUCAUCGCCAUCUCAGUAUAUGCGUUCAUGGAAACCAAUGAGAACUAUUACUACACUCACAGCAUCUGGCACGUGCUGGUGGCUGGCAGUGUUGCUUUCCUGCUUCCACCUCGGGACAAGCAUAAGAAGCCCUGGGCCUGGUCACAGAAGCUCACAUGUCGCUAUCAGAUCUGCCAGAAUGACCGUGAGGAGCUCUACGCUGUCACCUGAACUGCUUGGCUCCGUGUCCCAGAGGUGAAGGGCUGGUAAGGUUGCUCUUUGCCAGGCCAGCCUUGGCUGCCCCUCUGUAGCACACUGGCUAUCUUAUGUGCUCUUUCACUGUCUGGGGCAGCACAGAUAUCUAGACUGGAUUUAAAGAUGAAGACGGUGGGCUUGUCUUAUGAAGGCAAGUUUGAGGCCCCCUCCGCUUUUCUGCUGGGAUGGGGCAGGCUCUUCGUGGUUCCAAAUCAAGGAGUAGUCUGCCCACCACCUCCCCCAUGGCCCUGGGGGAAAUUGCCAACCCAUUUUCCCUUUCUACUGUAUCAAUAAGGCUUGGGUUCAGCCCGUGCUGCCCUGGAGCCAGAGGCUGCAGGACUCUUCCCUGCAUUCACUCUCUUAGCAGAGGUCUGUGGGACAGAGAUUUCCCCUGCUAUCCUGCAAUCAAAAUUUGCUUUGUCAAGAGAAGAACAGACUUCUUCUGCCCCUGACCUAGAGGUAGAUGCUUUUGAGUGCUCUUGUGCUAAAAGGAAGGGAGCUGAUCUCAGCAUGCCCUGGGUCCUUGGUUGCUGUAUCCUAUGUGAGCCUAGAGCCCCUCUCUUUGUGAAACAAGGGUGAUGCUGCUCUUACCUAGUCCUGAUUCUGGAGAGGAUGAACGAGACUUGAACUUGGGCCCUAACUUCAGGAUCAGACUUGCCAAGAAUGUGAAAAAAUUGUGGGCAUAUGCAAGAGCAUCAGAAGCAUCUGCCUCAGAACUGUGAAACACGUAGCAGCGCGAGUUUAGUCUGAGUUUUACUUUUGUCCCUUUUAGUUCAUUUGGAAGGAGCUAGGCUACUGUACAGUUUCCCUUCCUCUCUUCGUGUUCAGGUAUUUGCUGUCUUCCUUUCUUUUGUGGGUGCACAGUUCUGCCCAGCUAAUGUAGGUGGCAAUGUCUCUCAGGACUCCAGCGUGGUAGGUGGUGGGCUGUGGCACUUCACUUGCAAGUUAAAUUAGUUACACUACUCCCAGUUCCUGCACCUUUGGACAGCAAGAGUUCACUCUGUAUCUGUGUUGGGGUCAACUUGUGCUGAGCUGGAACUUAGGGCUCUAGAGCAGCUCCAGCUUGAAGGCAUGCUUCAGUCCUGCAGUCAUCUGAGCACAGUAUGGUCUUAUGGCAGGUUUGUUAACAUGUGCUUUGAAUGUGUGCUGCACCCAGCACUUUUCCUGUGCUUGCAUACAGCAUCACACUGGAGCUGUGCCACCCCUGAGCUUGGCCAGUUGUGGCUGAGAGGCUGAGAGUGCUGCAGUCACAGCUGCUCUCAAGCCAUUGGCAGUGUCUCAGUCCCUCCAAGAGCCACCUCCAUGAACUCCCAAGGUAGCUUUAGUCACUUUGGGUUCAUCUGUAUCACCUUAGCCUUAUUGGAGGGCACUCAGAUAUAAGAAAGCAAGACCAGAAACAGAAUUGGCAAUUAGGAAAGUAGUCUUUGCCCAUCCCUAUUAUAUAGAUAAGGGCUCAAAUACAUAGUUCCCUGCCUGUUUAUUCUAGCCAUGGAGGGUGGCUGAGGGAGAACAGCUUAGGACUGUACAAAGGUCUCCCUUCUAUGCUAGAGUUAAGAUAGUUAAGAUGCUGAUGUCCAUGUGUUUUUGUUGCAGCCUGUGGUCUGGCUCUCUGCAAGCUGACUAAUUUCCAUACAGCUGUGACCCCAGUAAUUGGUGCAUAUCCUCCCACUCUGGGAUCAAACACCACGUGUGUGGUAUUUAAUCUUUCUAAUUGGGGAAGGUGAAGGUUCACACUGCAUUGCUCCUGUCUGGUGUGUGUACUGCUCAGAACUGGUCUGCAAAGCCAGCUAUCCUUUGGGGAGGAAAGAGCUAUUAACAAAGGAUAACACUUCCAAGUUUA